AUGAAUGAAACAAAUUACACAGAGGUGUCUGAAUUUGUGUUUCUGGGACUUUCAACAUCUAGACCAAUACAACAGUUCUUCCUUGCCUUCUCUAUGGUGUUUUAUGUAGCCAUUGUCCUGGGAAACACCCUUGUUGUGCUUACAGUGGCCUUUGACCCACAUUUACAUUCCCCUAUGUACUUUCUUUUGGGAAACCUCUCAUUCAUUGAUUUAUGUCUUUCCACCUUAACUGUUCCCAAAAUGAUUUCUGACCUGUACUCUGGGCACAAUAUCAUCUCAUUCCAGGGCUGUGUCUUCCAGAUAUUUGUCCUUCAUGUCCUAGGGGGAUCUGAGAUGGUGUUGCUGAUAGCCAUGGCCUGGGACAGAUAUGUGGCCAUAUGCAAGCCCCUCCACUACCUGACCAUCAUGAGCCCACGGACUUGCCUAUUGCUUCUUUCUGGUGCUUGGAUCAUUGGGUUCCUGCAUUCAGUGGCCCAGUUAGCUUUUGUUGUCCAUUUGAGAUUUUGUGGUCCUAAUAAGAUAGAUAGUUUUUACUGUGAUCUUCCU